CAUCCCCCGAGCGCGCGGGGCCUCGUGGAUUUAAGCCCGGGGUUCGCAGGGAGGCGCCUCUUUUUCGCGGGGGCGUCCGCCGUUGCACCGAGGAUCUUCCCAUUUUUGCAGGCUGCUAGCACUUCCCGCUGCCAUGGCCAGCACAAACGCCGGCGGAGACCAGGCCACCAGGGACCUCUGGGCCUCUCACAACAAGAUGGUGAUGGAAGCCCUGGAUACCAAUGACCCCGAGGUCUACGAUAUUAUCAAGAAAGAGAAACGGCGGCAGAGGGUCGGGUUGGAGCUGAUCGCGUCGGAAAACUUUGCCAGCCGAGCUGUUCUGGAAGCCUUGGGCUCCUGCCUGAACAACAAAUACUCGGAAGGAUAUCCGGGGCAAAGAUAUUACGGUGGGACAGAAUUUGUCGACCAGCUGGAAAGGCUUUGCCAGAAGAGAGCCCUGGAGGCCUAUGGGCUAGACCCACAGAAGUGGGGGGUCAACGUCCAGCCCUACUCAGGGUCCCCCGCAAACUUCGCUGUGUACACCGCCCUGGUGGAGCCCCAUGGGAGGAUUAUGGGGUUGGAUCUGCCAGAUGGGGGUCAUCUCACCCACGGCUUCAUGACCGACAAGAAGAAAAUCUCUGCCACGUCCAUCUUCUUCGAAUCCAUGCCCUACAAGGUCAACCCGGAAACGGGCUACAUUGAUUAUGACCGACUGGAGGAGAACGCCCGCCUCUUUCAUCCAAAGCUGAUCAUUGCAGGGGUCAGCUGCUACUCCCGGAAUUUGGACUACGCCCGGAUGAGGAAGAUCGCGGACGAGAACAGCGCCUACCUCAUGGCCGAUAUGGCUCACAUCAGUGGCUUGGUGGCUGCCGGCGUGGUGCCCUCCCCUUUCCAGCACUGCGACGUGGUCUCCACCACCACCCACAAAACCUUGAGGGGCUGCCGAGCUGGCAUGAUCUUCUACCGGAAAGGCGUCCGAAGCGUGGACCCCAAAACGGGGAAGGAGGUCCUGUAUAACCUGGAAAGUCUCAUCAACCAGGCGGUCUUCCCCGGUCUCCAGGGAGGCCCUCACAAUCACGCCAUCGCAGGAAUCGCCGUGGCUUUGAAACAAGCCAUGACUCCUGAAUUCAAGACCUACCAGCAACAGGUGGUGGCCAACUGCAAAGCCUUGUCAGCCGCGCUCACCAGCUUGGGAUACCACAUCGUCACCGGGGGCUCUGACAACCACUUGAUCCUGGUCGAUCUGCGCAACCGGGGCACGGAUGGUGGGCGAGCUGAACGGGUCCUGGAGCUCUGCGCCAUCGCCUGCAACAAGAACACCUGUCCAGGAGACAAAAGUGCUUUGCGCCCCAGUGGGCUGAGACUGGGGACCCCGGCCCUCACCUCCAGAGGACUCCUGGAAGAAGACUUUAGAAAAGUGGCCCACUUCAUUCAUAAAGGUAUCGAGCUCACCUUGCAGGUCCAGGGCGACAUGAGCCCCAAGGCCACCCUGAAGGAGUUCAAGGAGAAGUUGGUGACGGAAGAGAAGUAUCGAGGGCUGCUGAAGUCCCUCGAGGCAGAGGUGGAGGCCUUCGCCGAUUCCUUCCCGCUUCCCGGCUUGCCUGUGUUGUAAAGGAGCCACAUCUGGAAUGGCGGCACCCCCACCCCUGCUGUCCUCUUGCAACGGGACCCUCCCUGCCCCCCCAAUAAUCGUCUUUGGUUUCCCUUGGCUUGGCCUCCGCUUUUAUAACCCGUUUUUAACCAAAUUCUGUUCCUCCCCCUUUGUAAAAAGAAAAAUGCGCCAGAGGAAAUGGCAAGGGAAAUGGAAGGAAGGCGGAUUUUAGCCCCCAUCCUCUCUGGAACUAUUAAUGACAGGCCGGUGUGUGUCCCCCGCGCCCCUCCAGGCAGCAUUGCCUUCUUUUCUUGGGGAGUGAAAUCCCAGGUCAAUGAAUGCGAGGUUCACUCUUAGGAAAGGGGAAAAAAAAUCAUUUUAAAUG